CCCUUCCACCCUCCUGCCACGCGCGAUCGAUUUUCUUCCACCGCCACUGUGCGCGAUCGAUCUCCUCCCCUAGGCUUCCGCAAUGUGCAAUUGAUCUCCCAGCGGUAUCGAUCUCCCGCGCGCGCGAUCGAGCAGCCACCCGCGCGGGAAAUCUGCCGCCCCAACCGACAAAGCCUGCGCGGAUCAUCUCCGCCGCCCCACCUGCGCGCGUCGAAUCUCUGCCGGCCCACCCGCGCACGCCAUCUCUGCCGCCUCACCCUGCGCGCGCCAUCUCCCUCUAGGCCGAUUCUUCUUCCAUCCACGAGCGCGAAAUCCUCUCCCGAAACAAAUCCGCCCCAAAAAAUUCAUCUUCUAGUAGAUUGACGGUCAUGGCCCCCACUAUAUCCCUUCCCUCUUCCGGCUCGCUUAAUCUCUCCUGCCCGCACGACAAAGGUUGCGCCACCUCCGCAUACCGUCCCGAGCUCGUCGCAUCCUCCUGGUGUUCCUACCCCUUCAGCUAUGCCAUAUCCUUAUGGAGGUCCUUGGUUCCCCGCGCCACUGCUGACUUCGUUUGCUUCACCACCAUCGCAACCCAUGCCGAGUUCAUCUGCAUGUUCUCUCCCUACAGCUGCCAAACCGACAUCAACACGCAACACGUGCAACUCAAUCCUGAAGAAAGGGGAGUGGAAUCUCGUCCGUGUGGCGGGUUCGUUAAUCUUAUCAAUGCCCCAUCAAACCAUACAAACCAUCAUGCUGAAGGGAGUCCAACGCAGCCUAUCAAUAUUGAGAAUGGAGAUAUCGCUAGGACCGAGAAACGCUUGUCAUGGAUGAAUGAUGAAGACUUGAGAUUGAUCAGUGCCUGGCUGAACAACUCAAAUGAUCCUAUAGAAUCAAAUUUCAAGAAGAAUGAUGUCACGCCCAGAAAUUCCUUACACGAAUUUCUGAACUUAAUUGUGUAUUAAAUCCCGGUCCAGGACCAGCCA